AUGGCAUUUCGUAGGGUUUUACUCUCUCACCUCCGACGACCACCACGCCCAGCUUGUUCCUCUCUCUCUCCUCCCCAUGUCGCCUCCUCCCCGUCACGGCCGUCGACUGCGAUCGCUCUUUUCCAAUCCCGAUUGUUUUCCACUCCCACAGACCUCGACUCUGAACUGAGUCGACUCAGAGACGAUUCAAUAUCUGGCCUCGGUGGUCAUGGAUUAGAUUUCGCCGAUUUGGGGCAGGAUUUGAUCGGAGCUGGUGCGGCGAACCAUGAUUUACUAACCCGGCAUGUGAUCUCGUUGCUUGAUUCAUACCAUGACCUCACUGGAUUGCCCUGGUGGGUCGUUAUUGUUUCGUCUACAGUAGCUUUCAGAACAGCUCUGCUUCCUCUACUGAUUUUGCAGCGGAAGCAAACAAAAACCAUUUCACAAUUCUUACCUCAGUUACCGCCAUUUUGGCCUCCGAAAGGUUCAGGAAGGAGUGUUGUUGAACAUUUUAUGCUGUUCCGGAGAGAAAGAAAAGCUCUCGGAUGCCCUUCGUUUUUGUGGAUUCCUGCUUAUUUCUCCAUCCAGAUUUCAUGUUUUUUCAUGUGGAUUACUAGCAUUAGAAGAAUGUCACUUGAUCAUCAUCCUGGAUUUGAUACGGGUGGAGCUUUAUGGUUCCAGAAUUUGACUGAAAUUCCCAACGGUCUUUAUGGUCCACUUUUCCCCUUUUUAAUAGCUGGUUUGCAUUACACAAAUACACAGGUAGCUUUUUCAGCAUCUUCAGUUCACAAAGUUGACAAAUUUGCGGAAUUAGCGAAAACUUUCAAGAUAUUUUUGAACUUAAUGACAUUUGCUCUUUAUUUCCUUGCAUUCCAAAUGCCUCAGGGAAGUCUGGUUUACUGGUCUACCAACUUGUCAUUCAGCAUAGCUCAGCAAGCAAUCCUCAAACAUCCCCUCGUAAGUUCUAAGUUGGGCCUACAAGGAAAUGACACUGUCCAGAAAGAGGCUGGAAAUCCUAUAUUAGCGAAUAUAAAUGAAGCGAAACUCACUGAUCCAUCCGUGAAAGGGCGUUUGAUCUCAGGGCAUAAGUUAACCCCUAAGGAGUUGGUUGGUCUUUCUGCCAAAUACUUAUCCGGAGGGCACAAGGAAAAAUCAAUUCCGCUAUUAAGAUUGGCAUUAGAAAAGGAUCCUGAGUAUCUUCAAGCUAUGGUUAUUCUUGGUCAGGCUUUAUAUCAGAAGGAAGAGUUCGCCGAAGCUGCCAAAUACUUAGAGCAGGCUGCUUCAAAGGUAUGA